ACUUCUGGACAGUUUUGGUGGCAUGUUCUGUAGUCAUGGCUAGAGUCUGGUUACAAUUAUGUCUGCUCUUCUUAUUUACAAGCACACUCUGUCUAGAUGUGAGUCUAAUCCAAGUCCCUACAAAUGAUGGAAUUUCUGGAGUAUUGUUAGUCCAAACCAAGAACAAGGUGUACAGUUUUAAUGCUACCACAGCCAAAGAAGCAUGUGAGGCUAUUAAAAUGAGAAUUGCUAAAAAGGCUGAAGUGGAAACAGCAAACAAAAAUGGCUUACAGACAUGCAGGUUUGGUUGGGUUGAGGAGCUAAUCGCAGUUAUUCCUCGAAUCGAAAAAAGUGAAAAAUGUGGUCAAAACAAGUUAGGCAUUUCUGUUUGGAGAGCUGACUUCAGCAAAGUGUUUGACGUUUACUGUUUUAAGCCAGCAGGUCCUGAUGGAUCAUUUGAAACAACAUCAAGCAGGUCUCAAUCUACAACAGGAGGAAGAACACCAUCAAACAACCAUUAUUCCACUAAAACAUCCCAUCCAUCAUCCAUUAAGUCAACCUCUACUCCUGCCUACACAUCAAGAUCACUUCCUCCCUAUACAUCCACCCCAUCCAUUUCCUCUGCUUUCAACACUUCCUCCACAACAUUUAUAACACUUAGUCUUUCUAACAUCAGUGACAGUUCCCAGGCAACAACAAGCCCUCUGUCUUUUUCGUCUCCCAGAACUUCACCCGAAUUCUCAACCUCAUCCCCCUCGUCUUCCUCUCAUUCAUCCACUGAUUUUCUUCUUCAGCAUAGUUCAACUACUACAGACCAGCCUGCAUUGUCCCAGACAACACCUAAUGCACCAUCCAUUAGAGCAGCUACCAAAACAUUUGUUGUCAUUUCCAUCGUGCUGCUGUUCUUGCUGGCAGCGGCAGGUGCAGAUUGGUAUCUCAAAAUUAAAAGAGGACAACGGUUCCCAUCCUGGACCAGAAUAAGGCCAAAUGAGAUUACUGAUACCGAGAUGUGGAAACGAAUAAGUGAGAAGCAUUGUAUGCCAGAACAGACCAGCAAAGACAACAACAAUAGGAAAUGCAGCAUCAUCCUUCAAAUGGAACAAGACCUGGACUCAUCCUGAAAA